AUGAUUUCAAGGCUGAUUUCAGUUGUUCUUCUUAUUUCUUUGAGCUGUUAUUCUUUGGUGAAUGGCUGUCCACAGGGAUCGAUCGAUUAUGGCGAUCGACAGGAGUGCAUCUAUCCAGUUGAUUCGAGAGCAAACUAUACACUGGUCAGACAAAUUUGCCAGAACUUCAACGGCAGACCCAUUCAAAUUCGCGACGUUUUCGAGAAUGUCAUGGCAGGGACUGAAGCUGCAAAUGAAAUGGGAAUCGGUAGUGAGUCGUUCAUCGGAGUGAUCAACACACCAUCCAACAUUUGGGUCUACGAUGAUGGAACACCGUUGCAAUUUCAAAACUGGAUGCCAGGUCAUCCUCUCUCCAAUUCGACCUGUGUUGUGCAAAGUGCGUCCACCUAUCAAUGGAUCUCUGUGGGCUGUCAGGAGAACUAUUCGUUUAUCUGUUCGAUUCCUGAUCAAGAGAAUGCAACCACCACAACGACCACCACUACAGCUACAACCACAACGACGACAACGACUACGACGACUACCACAACAACCACCACAACAACAUGGAAUCCUUGUCCCGCAUCGGAUGGCUGGAUCCAACACAAUGGAUACUGCUACUAUUUCUAUAAUGCCCAAGUCCAAACGACAAAGCCAUUGUUCAACCAAUCCACAGCACAAAACGCCUGUCUAUCAAGAAACGCGCAGCUCGCCUCGAUCCACAGUGACGCCGAGUUUCAAUUCCUGAAACGCCAAAUCGCCACCUCUUCCGAGAAUCAACCGGAUCUCUAUUGUCAACGAGAUCAAGCAUUGAUCGGCUUGACAUGUGUAUGGCCUAAUUCCAUGUUUUGGCUUGAUGGAUCACCAUUUGAUUACGAUCAAACACAAGGACAAUGCAAUGACGCCUAUGCGAUAAUCAAUGACAGUCGCUGUGGCUCGACCGUCGAUACGUGGGAGAAUUGGACCGAUUCCACGCAAUUUACCCGCUAUAUUUGCAAGAAAAGAGACCCAAGAACAGCUUCCGAGCAAACUCAACUGAAAUCUAAGAGAAUU